AUGAGUAAGGCACCAGUAAAUAUAGUGGAUAGACCAUUAUCUAAAGGUAAGGGUGAAAUAAAUAUUAGUUCAUUUGCAUUUCUUUUCUCUGAAAUGAUUCAAUAUUGUCAAGAUAGAAUUAAAGCAGGUCAUGAACUUGAAAAAAAAUUAUCAGAUAUGGGAUAUUCUAUUGGACCAAGAUUAUUAGAAUUAUUAUGUGUUAGAGAAAAGAAUUCUAAAAGAGAAACUAAAUUACUUGGUAUAUUAUCAUUCAUUCAUACAACAGUUUGGAAAUCAUUAUUUGGUAAACCUGCCGAUUCAUUAGAAAAGAGUACAGAGGCAGAUGAUGAAUAUAUGAUUUCUGAUAAUAAUAUGGUUGUAAAUAAAUUUAUUUCUUUACCAAAACAUUUAAGUAGUUUAAAUUGUGCUGCUUUCGUAGCUGGUAUAAUUGAAGGAAUUUUAUGUUCCGCUGAAUUUCCAGCAAGAGUCACAGCUCAUAAUGUUGCAGUUGAGGGUAAAAGAUUCCCUAAAACUGUUAUUUUAAUUAAAUUUAAUCCAGAAGUUAUUGAAAGAAAUGCAUAA